AUGUCUGGAACUUCAGAUACAAGUUCCACCCAGUAUGUGGAUGAGUUCAUCAGCAAGAAAUAUAGAAGUGGGGUCAAGACAUUGCAGCGGGGAAUUAACGGCGACUCGAAUGUUCGCGAAAACUCCAUCCGAGAUGUGAAAACACGCACGAACGUUGAAAUCAGGAAACGUGCCCUAGAAACUUUGAAACUCUCGGAGGAAGUAGCAUCUCGGCUCGAAGUCCAAGUUGACAAACUAUUUGAGAUUGCCAGUGGAGGGUUGGGAUAUAUAGAGACGCUUCACCAGAACCCUGGCAAUCAGGUGGCACGGGACCACUUGGAAGACAUCAGCGUUCGCUUGCGCAGGUUCUGCACUGAUAACAGCUACCCGGAGUUAUUUUUUGAGGGCAUACCUGAACGGCCGAUCAAGACGGAAGAACAGGGGCACUUCGCCAAAAAAGCCUUCUUCAAACCCAAAGAUGAGAAGACAAAGCAGAAGUGGAAAGAAGAAGGGGAAAAGCCUAAAUACCAGCUUCUCACUUUUCAAGAACCCAAAGACUAUGGUGAGAAGAAGAUGGGCAUCAAGUAUACCAAGGACUUUUUCAACAAAUACCAUACAGCGUUUCUCUGGGUCUAUCGCAAAGAAGCUCGUACCCAAACGGGAAGGACCAUGCCUCAAGAGAUUUGUAUCGUGGCUUUCGAUUACGACGGUAAAAAAUGGUGGGACGUUUUCUCUCAGUCAGCCUAUGACCUCGGGGAAGCUCCGUCUUAUCGCUUGAGCUUGGGCCAAGAUGGAAAUUACUCCAGCAACCAGAAGCAAAUCUCAACACCAACUGAGAUUAAGAGCCUUCCAAGCAAUUUGCGAGGUGAGAUCUUGAAGGAGGUGGAUGACAAGGUGAAAACGAUGCAGGAUGGUUUCCAGAAGACGCUGGAUGAAUUAACAAAAACAAUUAGCAGUCUUCAUGAGUUAGUAGCUAAUUUAACCAGACGGCAAAUCUCGCCGAUAUCCCCAGUGGAAGAGGAACUGUGA